ACCAUGAGUCUGGGAAAACUGCCAGGGAUUAAAGGCCUUGUGUCUGGCUCUCAGGGGAAACGCCGUUUCAAGAGUGAACUCUCUGUGGACAUGAUCAGUCCGCCGCUGGGCGACUUCCGACAUACUAUGCACGUUGGCCGUGGCGGGGAAGUGUUUGGGGACACUUCCUUCCUAAGCAACUACGGGGGCGUCAGGGAGCCAGGCAGUCCGGACUCGGCAAACAGCUCCAGGACAACAGGGUUUUUCACACGCACCUUUCGGCAUGUGCGGAAAACCUCUGUGCCAAGACCGCGGGGGGGCUCCCGUGACCUGUCGUCCCAACCACCAGACGUCUCGCCCAUCAUCAAGAAUGCCAUCUCCCUGCCCCAGCUGAACGUGGACUCCCCUAAUGGAGGCCUACAGAGGGUGCUAUUCUCCAGCUCCAUCAGCUCAACAGAUGACUCACUCUGCACAUAUGGUCUGCAGUCUGGAUUUGUCACUCUGCCCCGCCUCUCUCGCCUUGACAGACAGUUUCAAGAUGGAGACGUCCGGAAAGGAUCUCUACCAGACAGCAGUGGCAUCACACUGACACGCUCAGACUCCCUCACCUCGUUCACUGUAGACCUUGGCCCAUCCCUUAUGACUGAGGUACUGAGCUUGAUUGACAACCCCAGCUGCCUUCACAUGUCAUAUAACUGCCAGGCAGCAGGUGAGAAAGAGGAAGAGGAUGAAGAGGAUGACAGCUCUCUAACAGAAACGCCUGUGCAGACCCCUGGGGCGACUUCACCAAACCCCUCCAUGGGCAGCGGGUCAUUCAGCAAGAACGAGGGGCGUUCUUGUAGCAGGAACUGGACAGAGCAAGAGGAGGAGAGGAGGUCACCGAGAAUACCAGACGAGUGCACUGGGUCUCCUCAGAGAGCCGAGCCUGCAAUUGAGGCAGAAAGGUUCCAGAGGGCAGCUGACGUGCUGUCUCGUCAUUAUGGGGGAGGGUCCUUCACAAAGGACACCAGGGUGAGCAAUGACACCACCUCUCCUGCAUUUUCCCAAAGCCGCAAAACACCGCAUGCCUUUUCUGAAGAGGAGGAAGAGAUCAAAGUCUAGAUGGAGAGACUAUCUCUGAAAAGUGCUGUGACUUUAUUGAUCCAAUAAACUAUAGGAACCCUCCAGGGAACUGAGUUUUAGGUUCACUCCGAGUCAAAGAGGCUGAAUGGUGUCUGGUAUUCUGUUCUGUUCCUUCAUAGAAACAUUUUUCCUUUUCUCACAUGCAUCUACAUGGAGGACAGAAACCAGAUCAUGGUACUGAUGCUGAUGUUGACCCUGGACCUUACCCUCUCUCUGCAUUAUGUUGCUGCCAUGCUUUUAUAGAUUAUUUCAACUAAUCUAAAAAUACAAGUCACUGAUUGAGAUUGAUAUCACAAAAUGGAUUAUUUUUAACACAAACUAUUAAUAAUUACUUUUUAAAUUGUAUCAGUAACAAGGAUUUAAAAGUGACUUAAGUUUGUCCCACCUGCAUAUUAUUAUUAUACUCAGAACAGCUGACUGAUUAUACUGGAGAUCAAUGAAUUUUGAAUGUAUUUCUUUCUUUUUUUUUGCACUGUACAUAACC